AUGUCUCAGCCUGAUAGUUCCCAGAUCGAAAUUCGCCCGUGGGCUGACAGUCCAUUUCCCCUCCUUCUGAUCCCUGGUACCUCUGGUGCACCCACAACCACCAACGCAGGACUUCUUUCAAUAUGUGUCGAAAUGGCGAACGUGCAUAACUUGUUGCUACGUGGGCUCAAUGCCAUUUAUCUCCAAGGCCCUUACGUCGAAGACGCCGUAGAUGUUGCAGAUUUCAUGCUGUACAUCAAGGCUUGGGCAGACACGGUACAUCACCACCAUAGAGGAGAAGAGAGACUCUUCUUCCCGUACGCAGAUGAUCUUGCAAAGUCGGCAGGCUUAUGCGAAGACGAGGACGAGAGUCCGAUGCAUGGCAACGUGGAACAACACCGUGCCUUUGAAGCUGGGCUGGCAGAGAUGACACAGUAUGUUGAGGAUGUGCGGGAAGACGCAAAGGUGUACGAAUGGGAAGAACUAAAGGGGCUAAUUGAUGGAUACGCCAGUGUACUAACAACACAUCUUCACGAUGAGAUCAAGUCGCUUGUCAAGUUGGAGGGGUGUGAUGGGGAAAAACUGAAGAAGAGGUUCGCAAUGGCCGCAGAAGAGGGAGCGAAGACCGCGGAUCCGACACUCGUUCUUCCCUUGGUUCUUGGUUGCAUCGACAAGAACUACCCCGGCAGUGAGAACUUUCCACCUGUGCCGUUUUUCGUUCCAUGGCUGAACGCAUACUGGUUCACAAGGAAGUACAAAGGAUGCUGGAGGUUCAAUCCGUCUGAUCACUGGGGUCGACCACGGCGGCUGCAGUUUCUCGACAACUGA